AUGGCUCCGACGAACGACACGAUUGGACGUCCUUUUGUGAAGGAAGGUGUUGGUGAUAGCAGUGUGGUAAAGGUGUGGACAGUACCACAUGAGUUUGUUGGGAAGGUGGUCUUCGCUGUGAAUGACGCCGUUGGGAAUGCAGCGUCGGGCGUUGCUGACAACAUGGAAGUUGAGUCUGCUGCUGAGGUGGUGAUCGUCCCGGCGGAGCUGCUUUGCCGGCAGAAAGAAGGUGCUUCUGCCAGAGUAUCUGAGAAAGUGGUGUUGUGGGACAAGAGUAAAGAGAGGGAUGGCAAUAUGGCCAUUGUGAAGGUGCUGGCAAGUGCACUGGGGCGGUUGAUCUGGUUUCCAAUGUCGGUGGACCUGUCGCCAGUUGUGAAUGUGAUCUUGUACCCGUGGGUGUCGUGCGAAGACGACAGUGGUGGUGGGGGGGUGUAA